AUGACAUACUGGUACAUAGAUAUUGUAUUUUUCUACCACGUGGGGCUGGCCUUUAUUAAGUCGUUUGUGGUAAAUCAGUAGCCCAAGUAUAAGCACAUUUUCUUAGUCUAAGUAGUAAUGGAAGACCUACCGUAUGACGUGAAAACAUUUCUUCAGAUGCAUCCUUUCCUGGAGCUUACUGACGCCAAAAAGAUCAAAUGUACACUGAAUGGACACGAAUUUCCUUGUAACCUCACAGAACUCCAAAAAUUCACAUCGGGGAAGAAAUACAAGAGAUUAAGCGCCUCUGCAGAAUUCUCCUAUAGUCAGUAUGAACCCCACAUAGUGCCAAGUACAAAGCAGCCCAAUCAUCUUUUUUGCAAAUUGACUCUCCGACACAUCAAUCGUGUUCCACACCAUGUCUUGCGCCAUGUCAGUGGCAAGCGGUAUCAGCGAGCGCUACAGAGAUAUGAGGAGUGUGUGAAAAAUGGUGUAGAGUUUGUUCCGGUCAAGCUCAAACAGAAGAAGAAAUUUCAGGAUGACAGCAUGAUGACAAGUGAGAACAAAAGAGAGAAGAAUAAGAAGAUGGACUCUGAGUUUUGGGCACCAAAUUCCAGUGAGGGAGAGGGCAGUGAUUCAGAGGACAGCCUUGCAGACCUUUACCCACCGACUUUGUUCACUUUGAGGACGGCAGAGGGAGAAGAGGAGAUGAAAGAGAAAGAUGAGGAAGAAGAUGAGUUUCAGACUGAUGAUGAGGACAUGGAUGUUAUGGAAGCUGGUGAUCAGGCAUCGCAGAAACGCAGGAAGGUCCAGCCUGGUGGUUUUAAGAAAUUCAAGAAAAACAAGAAAAGGCAAGGCUUUAAGAGGAUAGGUACAGUUAAGAAUGGAAAAUAAAGCAUUCAACCAUGA